AUGAAGGAAGGAUCAAUUUCAAACUUCAAUCAGUUGAGGAAAGAAUUUAUAGAUGCAUUCCUUAUUAAUGCUAGAAGAAAGAAAGACGCUUCGUAUCUUCUGACCAUUAAACAAGAAGAGAAAGAGAGCCUGAAAGAUUAUGUUGAAAGAUUUCGUGCUGCUACCUUAGAAGUACAGGAUCUUCAAGCCACAGUGGCAAUAUCAGGAAUGCUUCAAGGGACAAGGUCAAGAGAUUUUCAAAAAUCCCUUUCCCUAGAUCAGCCCCUCACUUUGGGAGAUCUGUUCAGUCGAGCUAAUAAGUUUAUCCUUUCGGAGGAUAUUAUGAGGCACAUCAAUGCUGGAAACAGAGAUAAGAAAAGAAAAGAUAGAGAUGAAACAAAUGAUGAAGGGAGAACGACUGGAAGAGGAAAUGAACACAGACAAGUUCCAAAACUCAAAUUUGAGAACUUCACACCAUUGAGCCAACCACGUUCUACUAUCCUGGCAAGUAUAGAAGGAUCUGGGCUCCUUACCUUUCCUCCUAAGGCAAACAAGACAAUGGGCAAAUUUACGGACGCAUACUGCAGGUUUCACAAAACCCAUGGACACUCAACUGAUAGAUGCAGAGAACUAAUAAAUGAGAUUGAAUCUCUAGUGCGCCAAGGAAAGCUUAACAGAUUUGUCUACUCAGAAGCAUGGAGAAACGGGAAACCAUCUUACUCAAAAAAGGAAAGAUCUGAAGAUUACAAGGGGAUGAAUGAUAAAAAAGACUCCAAGACAAGGGAGAAAACCCCCCAUUUUAGACAACAACCCAUCUCACCCAGCAAUACAUGUUAUCAUCGGGGGUGA